CCGAUAUUACUACAAUUUCGCGCGUAAAAAGAUAUCCGCAUACCACCACGCGUCGAAUUACUCCAUUUCCACACUUUCGCGCCUGUAUAUCGAUAAUCGGACCUGUCACUAUCUGUCGCUUCAACCAAAACACUCAAGAACCCGAGAAAAGCGACUCCGGACAUAGCAUCUACUCUCGCAAGUUGCGCGACUCCCCACAUCACCAACGCCCACCCAAAAUGCCAAAUACCAACAGCGCACCGAGCUCCGCCGCAAACGAAGCAAGUGGACAGACCUCAUUACCUCUCUCCCGCAUCCAAAAGAUCAUAAACGCCGACCCAGAACGCACGCACGUCUCCAAGAACGCCGCCUUCGCCAUCGCGCUCGCGACCGAGCUCUUCAUCCAGCACCUCGCCACGACCUCGCACAACGUCGUCAAGGCGGAGCGCAAGCCCCGCCGCAACAUCCAGUAUCGCGACGUCGCGGCUGCGGUCGCGAAGACGGACAACCUUGAGUUCCUUGUCGACGUCGUGCCGAAGACGACGACGUACGGAGAGUUCAAGAAGAAGCAGGAGGCGAGGGGGAAGGGGAAGGGGAGGGCGGAUGGCGAUAGGAGGGAAAAUGGGGGCGGGGUCAAGGGCAUCCAGGCGUUGUUGAAUGCGACGUCGACGACGCCGCCGACGACGAACGGGAAUGAGAAGGAUGCAGGAGAGGAGGGGCAAGAGCCAAAGCAGAAUGGACAUGCGGAGAAGGAGGGUGAAACGGAGGUUUCGGAGGCGAUGGAGGUGGACGAGGAACGAAGGGAGGUGUCGGAUGACGAAGAGAUGGAUCCUGUGGCUAUGCAGAUUGAGGUUGAGAUGCGAGGGCCUCGGGGAAACGAUUCCAGCCCAGUGGCAGAGAGACGUAAUGGGACGAAAUGAAUCCGUCACAGAUGAAUCUUGUUUGUGCAUUGCAUAGCAUGGAGUUCUGAAUUUCUUUUGGGCUGGCGUUUGGAUGACAAUGCAUGGAUGGCAAGUAGCAUGUGAUGUAGCGUCGCCUCAUCAUAAACUUGAUUGAAUAUACCAGAUAUACUACUGGAAAAUGAACACCAAUUCGCCCAUU